AUUUCAAGGACAAAGCUGUCAAAAACCUUCAUGUGUUUUUAAAUUUUUUAAAUGCUGUACUUUUAAUUUCAUUAUGAACAAUAAAAAAUUAAACGUUGAUGCUGUAGGAAACGGAUUUAACUAUAAUAAAGAAAUUUGUGGUAUUUUGCUGGAGUUGGCAGAAUAUGAAAAAAAUACUAAUAGAAAUAUUUUCAAAUAUGAAGCAUAUAAAAAAGCCGCUGCAGUUUUAGCAUCCCAUUCUAAAAGAGUAAACUCUGGUGCUGAAGCUUCAAAACUGAAGGGCAUUGGUGUUAAAAUUGCAAAAAAAAUUGAUGAAUAUUAUGAAACUGGGAAAUUAGAGAAAUUGGAGAACAUACAUAAAGAUGGUAGAAGUCAAGCCAUAAAUGUACUUGCUAAUGUAUCAGGAAUAGGUCCAGUUAAAGCUCAAAGUUUAUAUGAUGAAGGUAUAACAACAAUUGAUGAGUUGCGACAAAAUCUAGAUAAAUUGAACCAUCACCAGCAGAUAGGUUUGAAGUAUUAUGAAGACUUUCAGAAGAAAAUUCCGAGGGAAGAAAUUCAACAGAUUGAAGCUAUCAUAAGAAAACAUAUUUUAAAACUUGAUGAAAAUAUUGUAAUAACUAUUUGUGGAAGUUACAGAAGAGGAAAACAAGAGAGUGGUGACAUAGAUACUCUUAUUACACAUCCUUCUUAUUCUUACAAUAAAAAAAGAAAAAAAAAUGACAAAAAUGGACCAAGUAGUCUUCUUCAUAAAAUAAUCGACACUCUCAAAGAAUGUGGCCUUGUUACUGACACAUUAUCUUUAGGAGAAACAAAAUUUAUGGGGGCAUGCAGACUACAUCCAGACUCUAUAACUAGAAGAUUGGAUAUUCGAUUACUUCCACAGGAUCAGUAUUAUUGUGGAGUUUUAUAUUUUACAGGAUCUGAUAUGUUUAAUAAGGCUAUGAGAGCUCAUGCAUUAGAACAUGGACAUACAAUUAAUGAAUAUUGUGUUAGACCUAUUGGUGCUUUAGGCACUCCUGGAGAAGCUGUACCAAUUAAUUCCGAAGAAGAAAUUUUUGAAUAUAUACAAUUUCCUUAUAAAAAACCAGAAGAAAGGAAUUAUUAAUUGAGAAUCACUUUUAUAUCAAAUUACUAUUUUCA